AUGCAAGUUGCCGAAAUCCUCUCCGACCUUACAUCCCUAAGGGCUUGUGGCCACAACGAGGCCCUCGCUCUCGUCAACGUCCACAAACCGUCAAGCGCAGAGGCGUCCACGGCAGAUGGUCACCAACAAUCAGACCAACACGCCGAGCUAUCAAGAGCACAAGAGCUUGUAGAUCUCCAUUAUGGAGUCAAGGUCAAACAUAUGGGCAGUGCACCGAAUUCUGAGCCUGUUGUUGACGCAGGAUUAAGACGGGCAAGGGAGGAUGUGAAUCGGGUGUUGAGGGAGUUGGAUGCUUGA